AUGCAGGAAUAUAUUGUGUACAUGGGGUCACUUCCUGAUGAUCCGGUGUACUCACCAACAGCUAACCACAUAAGUCUACUACAAGGAAUUCUUCAGGGCGGCAGUAGUGUGGAAAACUCUUUAGUUAAGAGUUACAAAAGGAGUUUCAAUGGCUUUGCAGCCAAACUUACUGGUACUGAAAGACAAAGGAUUGCUGAGAUGAAGGGCGUAGUUUCUGUAUUCCCUAAUAGCAAUCUUAAACUUCAAACAACAAGAUCUUGGGACUUCAUUGGUCUCAACAGCAAAACGAAAAGAAACACCACUGCUGAGAGUGAUGUUAUAAUCGGUGUUCUAGACAGUGGAAUUUGGCCUGAAUCGGAUAGCUUUAGUGAUGAAGAUUUUGGUCCUCCCCCAAAGAAGUGGAAAGGAGUCUGCAGUGGUGGUGCCAAUUUCACAUGCAACAACAAAAUCAUUGGAGCUCGGAAUUACCAAUCAGCAGAAGUAUCAAUUAUUGAUGCAAGGGAUACAAUAGGACAUGGAUCCCAUACAGCCUCAACAGCAGCUGGAAAUGCUGUAAAAGAUGCUAGCUUCUUUGGAAUAGCAAAAGGCACUGCAAAAGGAGCUGUUCCUUCUGCAAGAAUUGCUGUUUAUAAAGUCUGCGAUGUAGGAGGGUGCAGUGUAGAAAGUAUCUUGGCUGGUCUUGACGAUGCUAUUGCUGAUGGAGUUGACAUCAUCACAAUCUCAAUUGGGGGUGAUUUUUCAGUUCCUUAUGAUGAAGAUCCUAUAGCAAUUGGUGCUUUUCAUGGAUUGAAGAAAGGAGUACUGACUGUAAAUUCUGCUGGCAACUCUGGUCCUGUGGAUCGGUCUGUUACAAGUGUAGCACCAUGGAUAAUGUCAGUAGCAGCAAGCAGCACAGAUAGACGAAUUGUAGCCAAGGCUGUUCUUGGCAAUGGAAAGACUCUGCUCGGAAAUACAGUUAAUGCUUUCACAUUGAAUGGUACGAGGUUUCCUCUAGUAUAUGGUGCAAAAGCUUCAAAUGGUCUCUGCCUUGAAAGUGAGGUCAGGACCUGUUCUCAAUCCUGCCUAAAUCAGACUGCUGUGAAGGGAAAGAUUUUGUUAUGUGAUCAAUCACCAGGUGGGGGUGUAGGUAAUGCCACCGGUAUAAUAUACUUUAAAAAAGUGGCAGUUGAUACUGCCUUCAUUGAACAAUAUCCUUCAUCAGGUUUAAGCUCUGAAGACUAUACUGCUGUCCAGACCUACUAUGAUUCCUCAAAGAACCCUCAAGCAAAAAUAUUGAAAAGUGAAGGCGUAAUAGACUCUGUUGCUCCUAGAGUCGCUUCCUUCUCUUCACGAGGGCCAAAUGACAUUACGCCUGAUAUUUUGAAGCCAGAUAUAGCAGCUCCGGGGAUAGAUAUAUUGGCUGCUUAUUCACCUGUAGCUACACCUUCGUCUUCCCUUGAUGACACAAGGAGGGUAAAGUACAGUAUAAUAUCUGGAACAUCCAUGGCUUGCCCUCAUGUUGCCGGAUCAGCUGCAUAUGUUAAAUCCUUUCACCCGAACUGGUCUCCUUCCGCCAUAAAAUCAGCUCUUAUGACAACUGCUUGGGUCAUGAAUAGUACUCAAAGUUCUGACAGCGAAUUUGGUUAUGGAGCUGGGCAUGUUAAUCCUGUGAAAGCCAUUGAUCCUGGACUUGUAUAUGAAAUUACUCAAGCGGAUUACACAAAGUUUCUAUGUGGCAUUGGCUAUACCGAGGAAAGAAUAAAGCUUAUCUCGGGUGAUUCUAAUAACACUUGCCCCAAAGUUUCUUAUGAGCCCAAGGAUCUGAAUUAUCCUUCUCUUGCCUUUCAAAUUGAAAACAAUGGGACAUUUAAAGUUGAGUUUCAUAGAAGAGUGAAAAAUGUUGGCCUUGCAACCUCCACUUACAAAGCAAAAGUUGCAGGAAAUCCAAAACUCGAUGUUAAAGUGGUGCCUGGAGUUCUUUCGUUUAAAUCCCUCAACGAAGUGAAGACUUUUAAUGUGACUGUUAGAGGAUCUGCAGUUAAUAAAACUCUGCUGUCUUCAUCAAUCAUCUGGUCUGAUGGUACUCAUAGUGUCAGAAGUCCUAUUGUCAUUUUCAAUUAA